AGGCCGUCGGUAGCCGAACCAGCGGCGCUACAUCCAUCUAGACCCACCCUCGUUCUCCUCGCCUCACGCUGCCUCGCAUCUUCUCCGAUGCACUUCGCUUGCUCCGAUCAUUCCUCUCCUCUCACCACCUAAAGAUCCGAAUCAGGGAGAAGGGCCUACUCCAAGAUUCCAUUGGAAUAACCUGCUGCUGGUUUAUCUCCUACUACAUUGCUCCUCUCUUCGUUUCACCGGGUUAUCUUGCCUGCUGCUGGUUAGUCUGUUCUUGGCUCGAGUUCUGGGGAGCUUUGGGGGAAGCGCAUUGGAUUCAUCUAAGGCUUGUGGAUCCCACUCCCAAUUUGUUACCUUUUGGUGCAUGUGGAGUGGGGAGAAACUUUAUUCAGAGAUGGGUUUCUUGUGAGCGACUCUUAAACUUUCGUUGCUUUCUCCUUCCCUUUGCUUUGAUUGGAGCCGGGAAGCAACUGUUUCGUGGGUAUUUAUGGGCGAUUUCGUUUGUUCCACUCGAUCUGGACCUGUUGCUUACUCCUAAAGGUGGCGCCUUGGUGAACUAACCUUUGGUGACACAGAUGUUUCUUGGAUCCAGUUCUUGCAGAAGAUAGAAUUUUUGUGGGAGAUCUUUCGGUUGCCUUUGUUUAUUAGUUCCUGUUUGAUCCAAUUAGUUGUGUCCCAAUUUUUACCCGGGUCAAGAGGAGCCAAGAAUUCUUUGAUUUCUUUCCCCCAAUGGCCAUGUCCCUGAGCCGAAUCUCCCACUGGAUAUGGCCGGGAAGCAGAACUAGAAGCCGUAGAGGCCGCGAACUGCCGGCGGGGAGCACGCCUGUGACGAACGCUCUGUUCCCGGACUCUCCGUCAGGGUUCCGGGAGCCAGACGCCGUCGGGUUCCCGACCUCCGGCAGCGGCGGGGCACGGUCGCGGAAGGGCAAGAGCCGGCGGCUCGGCCGGGGGCAGGCGAGGAUCGACAGGGAGCACGACAUGGUCAUCGUGCCGUCCGUCGGGGACUCGGACUCCGACGGCUCCGACUGGUCCAUCGGUUGGCUCGAACCGCACGCGCCGGAACUCCGGAGCGACGGGGACUCUGAAGGCAGCUUCGCCGUCCUCGUGCCGUGCUACCGCCGCGGCCGCGCCGAGCGGCCUGGCUGGCCCGACAGCAGGUUCCCUGUUCCCAGUGGUGUCGCCGACGGCAGCGUUCAAGAUAACAAUAAUUUUGUAGACCAAUGGCUUUCUUCUCUUCAGAACUGAUGUCUCCAUUUCCAUUCUUUGUUGGCUUCGAUGUAUAUAGUAUUGCUACAAUCAAUCUAUCAUAUUCCCCAUGUGUAAAAUAUAUCGAUGAAGGAAGAGAUGAAUCCUGAAAGUGCAAACAAAAACAAACAAGAUCUGUUGGAUUUUAAAGCAGUAACGAAUGGGCGCAUCAUCUUUCCCGAGGUUUCAAGGCUAUGAUUUUCUUGCAGAAUAAGAAAUAGCGAGCACCAUGAUAUGCGAUUGGUAUGAAAUAUUAUUGACAUUACUGACAAUGAAGCAAUGUAUUGCUAGACUCUUUAUCCCACUUGUGUCUCUAGAGUCUAAACUCUAGAACUACCUGUAUAUAGCACCAUGGCUGUUCCAAUCAUUGGUAUGAUUGUGAUUCUUCUGUAUAUAUGUAUGUAUUCAUGAACAUUGGAAGGUGGACUCUUAUGAAUUUCACAUAUCUUCUGUAUCAAAAUUAUUUCCUAUUUGUGAAGGCCAGAAUGAAAUCUAGUCUCAGUUUUGGAA